AUGGAGGCAGAUGAAACCACAGAUAUUGCCACACUGGCCCAGCUUGUGCUUGUUUUGCGCUACAUCGACGACAAAAAUAACGUGCAGGAAAGAUUUUUUGAGUUCAUCCCUCUGCAGUCAGCUACAGCUGAGUCCAUUGCAACUGCACUAAAAGAGCGUCUUGCUUCUAUCCUCCCCGAGGAUCAGAAAAGUAAGCUCAUCUGCCAGGCAUAUGAUGGAGCCAGCGUGAUGAGGGGUGCCACUGCAGGUGUACAGAGAAAAGUACAAGAUGUGUAUCCAAAUGCCCACUAUAUCCACUGCUACGCUCAUCAGCUCAACCUGAUUAUGCAGCAGGCCACGUCUCACAUAUCCAAGACGAGAAUUUUUUUUUCUAACAUUGGUGGAUUUGCCAGCUUUUUUUCUAAGUCACCCAAGCGGACAUGUUUUCUGGAUAAAGUGGUUGCCCAUAGACUGCCGAGAUCCAGCAAUGUCAGAUGGAACUUUCAUAGCCGUGCCAUUAAUACAGUUUUUGAGCACAGAGAGGAUCUCAUUCACUGUUUUGAGAGCAUACAAGACUCCGGUGACUUUGACCCCAAUACUGUCAGAGAAGCAGGUGCCCUGGCCAUGCUACUGGAGAAUGAGGAUUUUAAGUUCUUUCUGGAACUUUAUCAGCACAUCAUGCCACAUGUAGACUUCCUCUAUGCCAAGCUCCAGAAGAAGAACAUUGAUUCGGUCCAUAUCAAAGUGAGCAUCCAACAGUUCCAACAGGAAAUACAAAAGAUCAGAAACUCUCUCCACUCCAUUGGUGAACAUAACAGUGGUUCUCAGCCAACAAAGAGACGCCGGGUGCUCAGUCCGGAAGAACGUGAAAGGAUUGCAGCAGAGGUCUGUGACACAAUCCUGGGACACACUAGGGAGCGUUUCUCCUUCACAGACAGACCACCUUGUCUGUGCCACCUUGUUGCAGGGGGACAGGUUUGA